UGAGGACCGGAGCCAGCCAGUGAGCGGAGCCUGGGAGAGGGAGGAGCACAUCUUGAUGCAGAGAUGCUGCAGUGGCUCCGGGCGCGCAUACACACACGAGCGCCCUCGCCCGCCACCGCCACCGCGGCCGCCACCGCCGCACCAGGACAGCAGCGAGCGGCUGAGGCUGAGGCGAGCCGGGGAGGAGAGGAGGGCGGCCCAGGGGGCCGGCGGCCGGCCCGGCUCUGGCUCACCGCCCCGGGCAGCAUCCACCUGCCCCAGCCAACACCCUUCUUCCACCCCAGGUCCUUCUCAGCCUCCAGCUGGACUCUCUCCUCCCCGAGCUGAGGAUCCCCUCCUCAGCUCCCCAUCUCUGCCCAGAAUGCUCACCAUGGGGACACCCACCAGGAGGAAGUCACACCUGCUGCUGCUGCUGCUAGUCACUGUGGCCCUUGUCUUCUCUCCAGCUUGGAGUUCAGCCCGGGGAUCCCCGGCCACUUUCGGGCCAGUCUUUGAAGAUCAGCCCCUCGGUCUGCUGUUCCCGGAGGAAUCCACCGAGGAGAAGGUGACGCUGGCGUGCCGUGCCCGGGCCAGCCCUCCAGCCACCUAUAGGUGGAAGAUGAAUGGUACCGAGAUGAAAUUGGUGCCAGGUUCCCGCCACCAGCUGGUGGGGGGCGACCUGGUCAUCAUGAACCCCACCAAGGCACAGGACGCCGGCGUCUACCAGUGCCUGGCCUCCAACCCAGUGGGCACCAUCGUCAGCAGGGAGGCUGUGCUCCGCUUCGGCUUUCUGCAGGAGUUCUCCAAGGAGGAGAGAGACCCAGUGAAAACCCACGAAGGCUGGGGGGUGAUGUUGCCCUGUAACCCACCUGCCCACUACCCAGGCCUGUCCUACCGCUGGCUCCUCAACGAGUUCCCCAACUUCAUCCCGACGGACGGGCGUCACUUCGUGUCCCAGACCACGGGGAACCUGUACAUUGCCCGGACCAACGCCUCAGACCUGGGCAACUACUCCUGCCUGGCCACCAGCCACAUGGACUUCUCCACCAAGAGCGUCUUCAGCAAGUUCGCUCAACUCAACCUGGCUGCUGAAGACACCAGGCUCUUUGCACCCAGCAUCAAGGCCCGGUUCCCGGCAGAGACCUACGCGCUGGUAGGACAGCAGGUCACCCUGGAGUGCUUCGCCUUUGGGAACCCUGUCCCUCAGAUCAAGUGGCGUAAAGUGGACGGCUCCUUGUCCCCCCAGUGGGCCACAGCCGAGCCCACCCUGCAGAUACCCAGCGUCGCCUUCGAGGAUGAGGGCACCUAUGAGUGUAAGGCGGAGAACUCCAAGGGCCGCGACACCGUCCAGGGCCGAAUCAUCGUGCAGGCUCAGCCCGAGUGGCUCAAGGUGAUCUCAGACAUGGAGGCGGACAUCGGUUCCAACCUCCGUUGGGGCUGUGCGGCGGCCGGCAAGCCCCGGCCCACGGUGCGCUGGCUGCGGAAUGGGGAGCCUCUGACCUCCCAGAACCGUGUAGAGGUGCUGGCUGGGGACCUGCGCUUCUCCAAGCUGAGUCUGGAAGACUCGGGCAUGUACCAGUGCGUGGCAGAGAACAAGCACGGCACCAUCUACGCCAGCGCGGAGCUGGCCGUGCAAGCACUGGCCCCCGACUUCAGGCUGAACCCCGUAAAGCGUCUGAUCCCCGCGGCCCGCGGGGGAGAGAUCGUUAUCCCCUGCCAGCCCCGGGCGGCCCCGAAGGCUGUGGUGCUCUGGAGCAAAGGCACCGAGAUUCUGGUCAACAGCAGCAGAGUGACCGUAACUCCGGAUGGCACCUUGAUCAUAAGAAACAUCAGUCGGUCAGAUGAAGGCAAAUACACCUGCUUUGCUGAGAAUUUCAUGGGCAAAGCCAACAGCACGGGCAUUCUGUCUGUGCGAGAUGCAACCAAGAUCACUUUGGCCCCCUCAAGUGCUGAUGUCAACUUGGGGGACAGCCUGACCCUGCAGUGCCACGCCUCCCACGACCCCACCAUGGACCUCACCUUCAUCUGGACCCUGGAUGACUUCCCCAUCGACGUGGAUAAGCCUGGGGGUCACUACCGGAGGGCCAGUGUGAAGGAGACGGUUGGGGAUCUGACCAUCCUGAAUGCCCAGCUGCGCCACGGCGGGAAGUACACGUGCAUGGCCCAGACGGUGGUGGACAGUGCGUCCAAGGAGGCCACAGUCCUGGUCCGAGGUCCACCGGGUCCCCCAGGAGGUGUGGUGGUGAGGAACAUUGGCGACACCACCGUCCAGCUCAGCUGGAGCCGAGGCUUUGACAACCACAGCCCCAUUGCCAAGUACACCCUGCAAGCUCGCACUCCACCUGCAGGGAAGUGGAAGCAGGUUCGGACCAAUCCCGCCAACAUCGAGGGCAAUGCCGAGACCGCCCAGGUGCUGGGCCUCACACCCUGGAUGGACUACGAGUUCCGGGUCUUAGCCAGCAACAUCCUGGGCACUGGGGAACCCAGUGGGCCCUCCAGCAAAAUCCGGACCAAGGAAGCAGCCCCCUCAGUGGCACCCUCAGGACUCAGCGGAGGGGGUGGAGCCCCCGGAGAGCUCAUCGUCAACUGGACGCCCAUGUCGCGGGAGUACCAGAACGGAGACGGCUUCGGCUACCUGCUGUCCUUCCGCAGGCAGGGCAGCACCACCUGGCAGACCGCCCGGGUGCCUGGCGCCGACGCCCGGCACUUCGUCUACAGCAAUGACAGCAUCCAGCCCUACACGCCCUUCGAGGUCAAGAUCCGCAGCUACAACCGCCGCGGGGAUGGGCCCGAGAGCCUCACCACGCUGGUGCACUCUGCUGAGGAAGAGCCCAGGGUGGCCCCUACCAAGGUCUGGGCCAAGGGGGUCUCAUCCUCAGAGAUGAACGUGACCUGGGAACCCGUGCAGCAAGACAUGAAUGGCAUCCUCCUGGGGUACGAGAUCCGCUACUGGAAAGCCGGGGACAAGGAAGCAGCCGCUGACCGAGUGAGGACAGCAGGGCUGGACACCAGUGCCCGAGUCACCGGCCUGCACCCCAACACCAAGUACCAUGUGACCGUGCGGGCCUACAACAGGGCAGGCACCGGGCCCGCCAGCCCUUCUGCCAAUGCCACCACCAUGAAGCCCCCUCCACAGCGGCCUCCUGACAACAUCUCCUGGACUUUCUCAAGCUCGAGUCUUAGUAUCAAGUGGGACCCUGUGGUUCCUCUCCGAAAUGAGUCUGCGGUCACUGGCUAUAAGAUGCUCUACCAGAAUGACUUACACCCAACUCCCACGCUUCACCUCACCAGCAAGAACUGGAUAGAAAUCGCAGUUCCUGAAGACAUCGGCCAUGCCCUAGUACAGAUUCGGACCACGGGACCUGGAGGGGACGGGAUCCCGGCCGAAGUCCACAUCGUGAGGAAUGGAGGCACAAGCAUGAUGGUGGAGAACUCCGCAAUCCGCCCGGCCCCGCGUCCUGGUGCCAUCCUCUCCCCGUCCGUGGCAGUGCUGGUCCUCAUAGGCUACCUGGAGCUCUGAUCGUGGCGCCCCUCCCUCUCUGCCACAGCCGGACACCCACCUGUGAUGGACGCAGCCAGCUGGCCCUGGUCCCUUCCUGAUGCCAAGGUGGCUCAACACUGUGCCUCAGAAUGGCUGGUUUCCAAUACCUAUUUUAAACAGUGCCCUUUUCAUAGGAGGUAGGAUAUUUCAUAUUCUGCCACAGGAUAGAACCCGCGCAAGGAUUUUUUUUUUUUUUUUCUUUAAGUCAAAAGACACCAGGCAGCAACUUCCAUGAUGAUACCGAACGCUAUGCCUGGGUCCUCUGGGGCACCUGGAUGGAAGCAACAGGCCCAGGGGAAGAAGGGGGUUUGAAAUGUGUGUCUGCACGUCGGGGGAGAGGGCGCUCUGGUACCACAGACGGACUCUGUCCCCUGACAGCGGGGUGUGGGGCCCGGUGGGAACACUGGACGCAAAUGCCCUGCAGUAGGACGAAACACAGACAUCAACAUUCCUCGGCCUAAGGAUAGGGCCAAACCCGGGACAAAGAACGCCCCUACUUCCUCGAGGGGCAGCACAGCUGGACCCUGACAUUGCCCUUGAUGACUCCCUAGGGGCCCCUGCUACCUAUGCAGGUGGCAGAAAACCAGUGCCCCAAAGUCCGAGGCCAGGAGCCUGAACUUUAGGGGAUGAUAUUCCAGAGUGUCGGGGGUAAGAGCCAAAAGGGUUUGAGGAGCGGAGACUCCUGGUAGAAAGGGGCACCAGGCUUGGCCCGAAGGCACAGUCCCGAUGCAGGUGACGUUGCCCUCUUAGCCAACACUGCCAACCUGACCCUAUCACCCCCGGAGUGACAGAAGCCACGACGGGUGGCUGAGUGACUAAAGGGCUUAUCUCGGGGAGGUCCCCCACCCCACCAAGACCCAUCCUGCACGGCCCCUCGAGGGUGUGGACAGGAGACAGGAGACAAGACUUGUGUGCCCAUCCACUUCCUCCAGCUCAGCCCGCAGGCCCCAGGCCGCCACUCUCCAGCACUGACUCGCUCAAGCCUGGGACGGUAAGGCCGCAUCGGUUCUGGGUAUUCUGGAGCCGAGAGUCUUCUGAGAAGGGCAAAGGAUACAUGUGGCCCUGGUUGCUCCCAGGAAUACCCUGGACCACCUGGCAGGACCUGUCCCCCAGGCUGCCUCCGACUGCUCGUUUUCAUUUCCUCUGAAGAAAAAGGCGCUAAUAAAUUUAGGGGCAUCCUAGCAUGGGCUCUGGGUACAUUACCAGUCACAGGACAUCAGAGCUGGAGGAGGCUUCUGAGCCCAACUCGCUCAAGCCCCUCACUUUACAGAUGAGGAAACGGAGGGGUUAGGGACUUCCCGAGGUCACACAGCCUGUCUGACCUUCCUACCCAGGCUGUCCGUCCCGACGAAGGGGGCAGUGCUGAAUGGCUACUGCCUGGUUAAGAAGGUGGUAAGAAGGGCAGUGGGCUAUGAAAAUCCUGCUUCAAGAGGUUCAGGUGGGGUGAUCGGCAUGGCUGGGUCCCGGGCCGAGGCGCGGGCCGACGCCAGGAGAUAGCGAUCCUUCGCUUCCCGAGUCUGGCUUCUGCUGGGCCCUCCGCCCUCUGCCGCCCUUCCCCUUGCUCCAAGAAAAGGCACCAAAGCAAGGACAGGAAUCUCAUGAAUCCAGGCAGCAGUGCUGGCACAGCCAGGAAGCCCCAGAGCCCGUGCUGUGAGAGGUGGCCCUUCACACAAUAGAGCAGUGGGACAGGCAUCUUGUCGGAGAUAGGCCCGCCGAGGACCCCAGAGCCAGGCUUCUGUAGUUUACAGUUAGAGCUCUAUUUUGUUAUGGGUUUUUAACUUUUAAGUCCUGCUCUCUUUUCCUGGGCAGGCUUAUGUUGAUGUUUACCCGCUACAAUUUUUUUAAAACGUCAGCUCGACACCACUUCUCCGGGUUACUGCUACACCCGCCACCCCACCCCGGGCCCAGGACUGCCUCCCUGGAGCCGUUGACCAAACCCUCCUCCCCUGCCCCUAUCCAUCUCCCCCACCCCCGUGCAAGGUGCUGCGGGCUCAGCUAAAUGACCACAUUCUGAACACGGAGACCCCACGCGGUCUAGCACCCUUCCUGGUCCCCUGUGGCUGUGAGCGGACCUGUCCUCAGCUCUAUCAGAACGGGGACGCCGAGGGGAAGAAACCUUCCUCCAAGGUUUAGCUGAGUCUUUCCUCACUGCCUUGGGCUGCAGCAGGGGAAACAGGAGGACAGGUGUCUAGAUGCUGGGGCCAGAGGGAUGAGCUGGUCUGGCCCAGGACCUCACGGGUAUAGCCGGAGACUGCAGUCCCUAAACUUGCUUGAGUCCAAAGGCACUCAUGACCAAGAGUCUUAGUUCUAAUGAGGCCCGUUAGCAAAGGGGAGGAAAGGAGACCCUCUGGAAAACCUAGGAAACCCAGCCCAGGAAAACCUAAUCAGACUUGUCGGGAAGAAGCAGAGCUGUAUAUUAAGACUCAGGCUCCUGCACCCGAGACCUCAGGCAGAGUACGGAGUAAGGUUUAGUAAGACAGUAGGGGACCUGAGGACGUGCAAGCUUAUCAAAUAGACUAGCCUCCUGUUGAGGUGGCUUAUCAUACGGGAGCUUGCGUGCAGGCAAGAGAGCCCCUUCCUGCCCGAGGGGCCUCUCGUUUUCAUCUCUGCUCCGAUGGGCUGCGUCUCACUCCUGCUGUGCUCAGUGCUCGAUUUGGGAUCUCUCCCCUCUCACACGCCAAGCCUCGGCCUCGGCGGCAGCGACAAGGAAGACAGCCGGCCACAAACAAGUACUUUACCCCACAGCUGAGUGGCCAGUAAGUGCCUUGAGGACUAGGGACAGAGCCCGCCUGCAGACACUGCUUCGGGGCCAAGGGGGACAGUGUCUCUCUGUCCUGCGUAUAUUUCGGCUCAGCCUACAGGUCCCUUUGCCCCGGGUCUUGGCUAACCGGUCCCCGUUGCUCUAACAGUCUCGACGUAUACCUCACCCUCAGGGGGACAGGAGCUGUCUCCAGAUGGGUCUCGCGGCCCAGCCAGGCCAUCAAAUAGUACAGACGGGCCACGGAACAGAAAGGCCAUGAGGAGGGGCUUUUUUUUCCCUUUCGAUAAAAUAACAGGAAAUCUGAGAUUAGACACCGGGAAGAGCUUCUGCAAUGAGGCCCGAAGGUGAGUGGUCAAGAGGCUUCUUCCUUUUCUAGGGACCUUGGAGGAAUUCUGACAGCUGUUGGCCUGGGGUCUAGGUGAGGUGGAGUCUGGGGGUGUGAGGACAUGCUGCUGGAUGUCCUUCCAGGGCUGAGGUUUAGAUCAGCACCGGAGGAGUCUUGCAGCCCCUUUUUGCUGCAGCCUCUUCCCGCAGGGGUAGUGAUAGCCGUGUCACCAGGGGGGAAGGCUCACCUCAGGCACUCUUUCGGGGAAGAGUGGAAGACAGCACCGGGGCCAUCUAGUCCCCUUGGGGCAAGAACCCAAGCUGGCUGAGGAUGCUUUACUCCCUUGAUCUCCCCCCUGCCCAGAGGACUCCCUUUUCUCUUCCUGGCUCAGAUGUGGGACGGCUGGCCGGGCAUCUCCGGGUUGGUGGGAGGGCUAGACUUCUCCUCAAACCUGGUUUUGAGGCUCAAGUGUGGUGCCCCAUUUCCCCGGGUCAGACCGACCCUGGGCUUCAUCCUGGGAUGAACGAGGUUGCCAGAGAGGCUCCUGGGGUGGUGUGAGGGACGAGGUGGGCAUUUUUAAGGGACUUCUAAAAGCUCCAUAGAGAGAGGUGCCCGGUAGCUGUAUAUAGGGUCAUAGACUUUAGGAAGGCAGGAUAAUAAAGGGAAGCUGGGGAGGAAAAAAAUAGGUCAGAUAACUUUGCCCCGAGGCCCAGGAAGCCCAGUGUCCUUAGCUGGGGUGCACCCUGCCUUGGCCCCUAGACUGCAACUUACCCAGCCCCAUCCAGGGCCUGCAUAGCUUAGUCUCACAGCCUGGCAAGGGCUGGGGCUUCUUUGGACCCCCGACUUGACCCCGAUUUUGUCGAAAUGGAACCACUUCCACUGGCCUAUCGUUUGUCUCUCUUGUACUUCUUGUAAUGGUAGUUAUUUAUUGACUCUGGUAGCAGGCAGUUCUUAAAUAAAGAUGAUUUCUCAACCUGC